CAUUUCCAGUAUCUUGUCAUUCACAAAGUAUAUCACAUUCCGACGCCUACUUCCUUCUCUUUGUUAUCGCUGUCGCUUCUCUCUCAUCUUCUCUAUCUGCCAUCAUCAUUCAUCAUUUUCUUCACUCAAACGCACACACUAUUAACAAUUUAACAAUACAAACGGAAAGGGAUAUUCCAAGCAAACGCUUACUUUCCCAUUCUUCCAGGGUUUCGCUUUUGCUUUUGCUUUUCUCUUCCACUUUCAGAUCUGAAAAUCGCAUUCGUUCAUCAUUUCAAACCACCGAUCUCGAUUCUCUUCUCCAUCCUUCAUUUCUUCACUUCGAUUCCACUUUUCGCCGAUUUUGGAUUCGCUACGUUGUUCAUGUUCUUCUUCGGAUUCCAAUUCUCCCCUCAUCCGUGUGUAAACAGAUCUUGAAAAUUGGCGCCCCAAAGACGGUCACAGCGCCACAUGGGCGGCCAGAUGCAUCAGAGCAAUGCUGCCGCGGCUGCUCUGUAUGACCACGCCGGCGCUGUACCCUUGCACGGUGCAGCGGCAGGGACUGCAACCGAUGCCGGCGAUGCUGUUAUGGCACGCUGGUUGCAAUCUGCCGGCUUACAGCAUCUGGCCUCUCCGUUGGCUUCAAAUGCAAUUGAUCAACGGCUUCUCCCCAACCUUCUUAUGCAGGGUUAUGGAGCACAGUCUGCGGAAGAAAAACAGAGGCUUUUUAAGUUGAUGAGAGGUCUCAAUUUUAAUGGGGAAUCUGGUUCAGAACCAUAUACACCCACUUCCCAAACUUUAGGUGGAGUGGCUGUAUCAGAUGGGUUUUAUUCUCCUGACUUUAGGGGGGAUUUUGGAGCCGGUCUUAUGGAUCUUCAUGCUAUGGAUGAUACAGAGCUUUUGUCUGAGCAUGUUAUCUCAGAACCCUUUGAGCCAUCACCCUUUAUGCCUGGAGGUACCAGAGAAUUCGAAGACGACUUCAACUCAGUCAGCAGCAAGCAGGAAGCAGGAGAAGCAAUUGCUGAUGCGUCACAUUUUUUAACAGUGCAUGAAAAAGACAGUAAUACAAGAGAAAAUAACGUUGCUAAGAUAAAAGUUGUGGUACGCAAACGACCUUUAAAUAAAAAGGAGCUUGCUAAGAAGGAGGAUGAUGUUGUAACGGUUUACGACAAUGCAUAUUUGACUGUCCAUGAGCCUAAAGUGAAGGUUGAUUUGACAGCUUAUGUCGAGAAGCACGAAUUUUGUUUUGAUGCUGUUAUUGAUGAGAAUGUUACCAAUGAUGAAGUAUAUCGAGUUACAGUAGAACCUAUUAUUCCUACAAUUUUCGAAAGGACAAAAGCUACCUGUUUUGCAUAUGGUCAGACAGGAAGUGGCAAAACAUUUACAAUGCAACCAUUACCACUCAGAGCUGCGAAUGACCUUGUUAGACAGUUGCAUCGACCAGUUUACCGAAAUCAGAAAUUUAAAUUGUGGCUUAGCUACUUUGAGAUAUAUGGUGGAAAAUUGUAUGAUCUUCUUGGUGACAGGAAGAAACUCUUAAUGAGAGAGGAUGGACGGCAGCAAGUUUGUAUUGUAGGACUACAAGAAUUUGAAGUUUCUGAUGUACAGAUUGUCAAAGAAUUCAUCGAAAAAGGGAAUGCAGCAAGAAGUACAGGAUCCACUGGCGCAAAUGAGGAGUCCUCCAGGUCACAUGCUAUCUUACAACUGGUUGUAAAGAGGCACAAUGAAGUAAAAGAGAGCAGGAGAAAGAAUGAUGAAAAUGAGACAAAAAGUGGGAAGGUUGUAGGGAAGAUUUCUUUCAUUGAUCUUGCUGGAAGUGAAAGAGGUGCUGACACUACCGACAAUGACCGUCAGACAAGGAUUGAAGGAGCAGAAAUCAACAAGAGUCUUUUAGCUUUGAAAGAGUGCAUUCGAGCUUUGGACAAUGACCAGAUCCAUAUUCCUUUUCGCGGAAGUAAACUUACGGAAGUACUCCGUGACUCUUUCGUUGGCAAUUCAAAGACUGUCAUGAUCUCUUGUAUAUCUCCAAAUGCGGGAUCUUGUGAACACACACUCAAUACCUUGAGAUAUGCUGAUCGAGUCAAGAGUCUGUCCAAAAGUGGAAAUUCUAGAAAGGACCAGGCCCCAAAUCCAGUACCACAGUCAAAUAAAGAGGUUUUAUCCACAUCGUCCCUUCCAGAUAGUGCUUGUGCCGAUGAUUUUUAUGAUCAACGUCAACAGGUCAGAACAGUGGAUACGGGCAGGAAAGUUAUCGAGAAGGAACCCUCUUUAUACAGCUCUGCUGCUGAUGUUGACAAGCAACCAUCGAGUUUUUCUUCCAGUUUUUUAUUCAACGGGCGAGAGGAGAAAGGUUUGCCAUCUGUCUCAAUGGACAGGAACAGGCUUGAAGUGAAGAGUGUGACUAGUCAAAAGAUGAACCCUUAUUCCCAAAAUGAUGCGGAUGAGAAAGUACUAAAGGUGUCUCCCCCGCGCAGAAAAGGGACCAAGGAGGAGAAACCUGAAAGAUCCUUGAACUGGCCAAAAAGGGAUGCCAAUGGUUCUGAUCAUUUCAUCACAAGCUCCAAGCAGCAAAGCACGGGGAGUUUUAACACAGUUACCACUGGAUCCAGGCAGCCUGAAACAGAAUCCUCUCCUGAUGUGAAUAACAGUGCUGUUCUUGAGGAGGAAGAAGCACUAAUUGCUGCUCAUAGGAAAGAAAUUGAGGACACAAUGGAGAUUGUCCGUGAAGAAAUGAAACUAUUAGCAGAAGUGGACCAGCCAGGAAGUCUUAUUGACAACUACGUAACCCAGCUGAGUUUUGUGCUUUCUCGCAAAGAAGCUAGUCUUGUAAGUCUACAGGCUCGCCUUGCAAGGUUUCAACAUCGACUAAAAGAACAGGAGAUACUAAGCCGGAAAAGAGUACCCCGUUAAGUGACUUGGUUUCUCUUUUUCAAUGUUGAUGUUGUGUAUGUAAUUUUCGCUCUCUUGUGUUUGUUAGAAGUAUAGUUUGAAGGCUUUUGUUCAUUUUACUCAACAAAUCUUUGGGAUAUUCAAAUUAAAUUUACUCAAAUGUAUAUUCGUCCCUUGUGUGAUAUAUGACUUGGCAAAAUGGAUUUUACUAGUA